AUGUCGCUGAUCAACUUUACCUUGCCGUAUCAGACGGCAACAUCUACACCAUUCCUCUACGGCGGACAAAACGGAGGACAGUCGACGGUGAACAACCUUCGUUUGAACGCCGUACUUCCGCCUGCGCCUGCUCCAAAUUUCAACGAGCGGGAACCAUUUCAGAAUGAGCCGUACAUACCGCCCGCUGCUUAUCAGCAGCAACAAAGACAACGUCAAGCAACCUUCGAUCAGCAAAGAAGUCCAAACGUGUUCGUCGAGCAUUCGUCUUUCUCGUCGACGCAGGACACUCGAUACGCGAAUUACAAUCAAGAUUUCAGGAGGACUCAACCGCGACAACAGCAGCAGCAGCAAAUGAGACCUGCGCCACCGUCACCGCCAGUGCAACAGCAGCAACAGCGAGUUGAAACGGAGAGGGAUCAGGAUAGCCUCAGGACAUCGAGAAUGCCGGAACAAGAAGGUUAUCCUGACAGACCAAAUGGGUACACGAGAGUUAACGGUGGGAAUGGACCGGAUACGAAAACUUCGAUUCACGCAGUUUUGGACUACGAUGACGAUUUUGACGAUUACUACAGCGACGACGAGCCAGACAUACCAAGGGACGCCCAUGUCACACCUAUUCAAGGCCCAAUCUUUUUAAAGAACGGUUCGGUCCCUGUAGUGCCACUGUAUUCUUAUCCCCAACUGAACAAUGGUACAUUCGUGCAGAUACCGAUUCUUUGGACUGCGCUUUCUGUUGCCCUGGGCGUCGAAUUGAGAGGGGAUUUGGUACGUGGUGUACCGUGCAUUAAAAAAUAUCACCAACUGUUCUGUCCAACUGCCGGAAACACAUACCCAAUAGAACGCAUAGAACGUUUUAUCGACGAAAAUAAAGCGUUAAUGAAGAGAAUGUACGGCGACUUCGAAAUGAGUUCAGGAUACGGUCCUCCGAUCAGAGAACCUGGUCAUCGAACACGUAAAAGAAGAAAAAGCAGAGAAGCUACAAAACACGACGUUCCCGAUGGCGGACCUAGUUUUCGUUACGACUUGAAUCCGGAAAUCGAGGCUAAUGGUGACUCAUUCUUUGCUAACGUCAGAAAGACCAGAAAUCCCAGACAGUCUGCUGGAAAGAAUAAGAACGACAGUGGCAGAAUCGACGCAUGCGAAUCUAAGGUGGAAAUUGUAACGCCAUAUUGGGCUAGCAACAGCGCUGGCAAAAUUCGUGCCAUUGUAAACACGCAACAUUUCGAGCAAGCGAUUCAUCAGGAGAUUUGUUCGAAAACUCAAACAAACCGGUGCACCGGGGACUGUGGUUGUGAACAAAAGUACAAAUGGCACAGGUUACUUGCGUACGAUCCUGAUAACGAUUGCAAAGGUAUCUUCAUGGACUGGUUCCUUUUUCCUUCCUGUUGCGUUUGUAGAUGUGAUCCGGUUGUUAAUAAACUUUCUCCGUCGCACAGUCGAAAUUGA